AUGUCGCAUAACCGUCGUGGUAGUCGCUCGAGAGACGUUGGCCGCCGCAGUCAAGGUACCUUACGUCAACCUCAGAACUCAUCCCGGUUACAACAACAUCCAGCCCAGUUAUUGCUGGCCCCAUGGACAUUCUGGAAUACCGUGGCCGUGAACCUGUUCAACCUCCCGAAGGAAAUCAACACACGUAUUCUUUGGCAAACAUUCUCUAGCGAAGGCUAUGUCUCUUCUAUUGACCUAUUCGAGGACUCACAUGGCAACAGAGACUCUAGAGGGAAAAUCCGCUUCAGACCACCUCCUAAAACUGACUUCUGGAGGAAGGGAUUAUAUACCAUUAAGCUUCCCAAUGGCCGAGCGUCAGUCAUCAACAUUGCACUUGACGUUAACCGUGAAGAGCCCCAGAUCGCCAGUCCGGUCCGUUCUGGCAUCUCAUACCCAGUUGAAACCAAAAUUUCAAUCUUGUCUAUGGAUAUCGGUGUGCUGUUCAAUGAGACAACUAUGCUUCCAAUGCGCUCUGUCGGCUCUGGCUAUAAUGAGCGUGCCAUACUAGUGCUCAACCUGAAGCAAAAAGCUCUGUUCGUUUACUUCCAGCUUCCCAUCUUCACCCCGGGCUAUAAGCCCACUCCAGCCAGCGGCGUUUUUCAGGAAUAUCGCCUGAAGAUCCCCUUCGUUCAACUCAGUCAGAUUUUCCAGAUGCAAGAUAAUGUAACAGGAGAUAUAUCGCAUUUCAUAGUGCUAGACUCGCCCCCACUCUAUCAUCGUCGCAUCAAUAAUAUUGAUGUAACUCAUUCAGAAGAAAGCAAUACAUGGAGGGAGUCGGAGACUUGGUAUCGACAGACAUAUAUCGUCCGCAAUGCAUUGGAGUUAUCUUCUCUUCCCAUCGGGCUGAAAAAGUCAAAGGCUGUGAUUGAUAUAGGUCGUUGGAACACUUUCAAGAUAACGUAUCCUAGAGAUGCUGUUAUCCAGGGGAAGGUGACGCUUAUGUGCAAUAUUCUCAAAGACUACAACGUCACCCUUCAAGACACAUAUCGGUUUACCCAGUGGGACGCGAACGUGGAGAUGAAUCCGCCCAUUUGGAAGUGGAUAGAUUUGUCUGACUCCCAACCACCAAAGAAGACAUGUUCGUUGGAAGAUCUCUUCGACCAUAACUUUGUUCAUUUGCCCUUCCAGGUCCGAUAUCAACUCGAGGUGUGUAUUUCCAAUGGGUAUCUUUCCGAGUUCACGAUGAAUCGCGAAUUUGCUGUCAAACUGUCUGAACUUGGAGAGACGCAAGCGGUGAAGCUCUUGGAGCAUGUUUCCGCGAAGCAGCAGGUGUAUUACGACCCGAUGAAGAUCUUCGACCUGAAGUUCAUCAAAGGGGUGACUCAAGCGAAGAUCCCCCCCUACUGCUGUUAUAUGCAUUCAGCCAGAAUCACACCAAGCACCAUCUAUUACAACACUCCAACAGUGGACAUCUCCAACCGUGUCAUCAGACACUUUAUCGAACAUGCAGAUCGCUUCCUUCGCGUACGAUUUACGGACGAGAAGCUACUAGGUCGGAUUAAUUCCACGGCUGACAGUACAAUGGAUGAAAUAUUCACUCGCAUCAAGAGAGCAUUGACCAAUGGCAUUGUGAUUGGCGAUAGACACUACGAAUUCCUCGCGUUUGGGAAUUCCCAAUUCCGUGAGCAUGGUGCCUUCUUCUUCGCUCCUUUACCGAACCUGACAGCUGCCAAUAUCCGUGCAUGGAUGGGACACUUCAACAGCAUACGUAAUGUUGCUAAGCAUGCUGCAAGGUUGGGACAAUGCUUCUCGACAACUCGGGCCAUUGCUGGUUGCCCUGUGGACGUGGUUAAGAUCGAGGACGUCGAACGUAACGAUUAUAACUUCUCCGAUGGUGUCGGGAGGAUCUCGCGGUUUCUUGCCCAAAUGUCCAUGUCGGAGCUUAAGAUAAAAACGCCAACAGGAGAGCCUCCCUCUGCAUUUCAGUUCCGUCUGGGCGGCUGCAAGGGAAUGCUCGCUGUCUCCUCCGAGGCCCAGCGCCAGGAAGUGCAUAUUCGAAAGAGCCAAUUCAAAUUUGCAGCUAUCCACAACGGAUUGGAAAUCGUCCGUUGGUCUCAAUUCUCCAUGGCUACACUGAACCGACAGCUCAUCAUAGUAUUGUCAACGCUAGGUAUUCCAGACCAAUUAUUCCAUGCGAAACUCCACACCAUGCUACGAGGACUAAAUGAAGCAUUAGAGAGCGAUCCACAGGCUAUCUACUGGCUCAGAAAAUACGUAGACCCAAACCAGAUGACCCUCUUAAUCAGUCAAAUGGUCCUCGAUGGUUUCAGGAGAUCGAAGGAGCCUUUCUUGACAUCAGUUCUGACACUGUGGAGGGCAUGGCAUCUUAAAUACUUGAAGGAAAAGGCCAGGAUUGCUGUCGACCAAGGAGCAUGUCUUUUGGGUUGCAUGGAUGAAACAGGAGUUCUCCAGGGGUACUUCCACGAUAAGGUUCCGGGGCAUGACGCCUCGAUCGAGGAAAAGACUGCUGCCCUGCCUGAAAUUUUUGUCCAAACAUCUCGCCCAGGAGCCGGCAAAAAGCCAGAGGUGAUCGAAGGGGUCUGCAUCCUAGCUCGUAACCCUUCCCUCCACCCAGGUGACAUCCGUGUCGUGAGAGCAGUCAAUGUUCCCCAGUUGCGCCAUCUUCAAGACGUGGUUGUCUUGCCGCAGACGGGCGAUCGUGAUGUAUCAAGCAUGUGCUCAGGCGGAGAUUUGGAUGGCGAUGAUUACAUCGUUAUCUGGGAUCAGGACCUAUUGCCCAAGGACUGGUUUCGUGAGCCUAUGAAGUAUACUAGCAACAAAGCUCAGGAUCUUAAUAGGGAUGUGACGGUCAACGACAUAACCUCCUUCUUUGUCACAUACAUUAAGAAUGACUGUCUCCCUAGGAUUGCACAUGCCCAUCUUGCCUUGGCUGACUUCCUUGAAGAUGGCGUCAACGAAGAGAAGUGCAUCCGGCUAGCCCAGCUGCAUUCCGACGCAGUCGAUUACAACAAGACAGGUAUCCCGGCCAUAUUGACACGCAACCUUGAGCCUAGGAAGUGGCCGCACUUCAUGGAGAAAUUUAACAAGCCCAAAGACAGGAUCUAUCGCUCAAACAAAAUCCUAGGCCAGCUGUAUGACGCUGUUGAGCGAAUUGACUUCGUCCCUAGCCUCGAGAUGCCAUUUGACAAGCGACUCCUCAACAGCGAGAUAGAAGUCCCUGACGACCUACUCGCAUUUGCGAAGAAUCUCAAGGGACAAUACGAUGAUGCAAUGCGCCGAAUUAUGGCACAACACGAGAUAAAAACGGAGUUCGAGAUCUGGUCUACAUUUGUCCUCGGCCACGCCAACGCAAGCAAGGACUAUAAAUUUCAUGAGGAGAUCGGUGCAAUUUCCACUACACUCCGCGAGACGUUCAAAAAACAAUGCUACGAAAAAGUCGGUGGCCACAAUUUUGACCAGCUAGCCCCUCUAGCCCUAGCUAUGUACCGCGUCACCAACAAGGAGAUGGCUGAUGCGCUUAACAAGUACCGUGUUGAAAACUCAACGACAGACAACAAAUUCUUCCAUAAGCCAACGCCCAAAAUAAACCAGUUGCCUCUGAUCAGCUUCCCAUGGAUCUUCCCACAUAUUCUAGGGAAGAUCGCGCUGGGACAUUUUGAAUUACCAGGGUGCAUUCCUAUUGUCGGUAACGACCCCUUUUGUCUGUUCACUGAUGAUCCUGACCCUGACCCUUCCUCUCCUCUCUCCUCUCAUUGUAGUAAAAGCCCAGCUGCCCCUAUGCCUCGGAGCUUCAAUGAUGAUAUCGAGUCUUUGGAGCAACUUCUUGAUUUUGGGCUCUCAACAUCUGAGUCGCAUGGACCGGCUUUCUCCACUAGUGCGGCACCGUCAGACGUUCCUAUCGAGGCAGGUUUCAGCUUGCUGGACUUUACUGAUAUCCCGAAGCGCAGUCAACCUCCGAGUAGCGACAGUAGUACCGGUGAUGGGUGUGUCGUGCCGAGCAUGGACACUACCACUCCUACCACGUCUGUUGACACCAUACAGCGCAGCAGCAGUCCCAGUGGAGGUGGCAGUACUGGCGGUGGGCGUGUUGUUCAGAGCGCGGGCGUGACUAGUACACCCAACGUUGUAUGCGAGGGAUGUGUUGAAAUUGUGGAGGAAGAGGAUGAUAUCAAGCCCACUGCUCUUGAUAAGCUCAACGAGCUACUAGGGUUCUGA